AUUGGGCUCUCCGGAAUAAAGGGGGCGGGUUUUCUUUUCCCUCCCUCCCUCUCCCAGUCCACCCUACUAGCCGACUGCACGGCCACACUUACUGUUCAGACGUUGCCCAUCGUUCUUGACGUGCAUUUCUCACCUCUUUCUCUGUCUCUCACAUUUAACUUUGGUUUAAUUUUUCUCUCUGUUGCUCUAUUCCGUUUGCGUAGAUGACUCAGACUAGUUGUUAUUUUACCUAUUUAAUAGUAUAAUGGCUGUCGAGACAACUGUGGCUGAUAGUAGUGAAACAGUAGUGAUGAACCGUGAUCCAGUUGAAGGUAGCAGUAGCAGUUCCAGUUGCAACAGUCUUAGUGAACAAGCCUCGCCGGAUAGUUCCUGUGUCAUGAUGGAUGAACAAAUUCAAACGACGGAUCAACAGGAGACUACCAACGGUGCUGCGAUGGACACGCCACCGAGGAGACAGAGUAGUGUUAUCCGACUCAUCCGCCCGGAAUUGUUGAUGAAAGAAGAACACGUGUUGAGUGCGACCGACUUGUCUGCUCCUAGGAUCGAUGUCAUUGUCAAUCCGCACCAAUUUCAACCGGAAUUCCGGCCCAUGAUGAUGCAGCAGCAGCAACGUCGUGCAGUUAAACGUCCAUCGCUUCCGCACAAUGGAAACGCUUCCGCCGUUGUUUCGUCGUCUACCAGCCCAGGUCCUUCGAGCCGCACUCCGCCUCCACCUCAACAACCGGUACAACAACAACAACAGCGUUCAAACAACAAUAAUAUCGUCAUGGGACCACCUCCACCACCUCCGCCGGCUCUUCUAUCUUCACCUCCGGCUGUUGCUCUUCCCAAAAAUGGAGGUCCUGUGGCCAAAUCGCCACCCACCGGCGGUCGCAUCCGCAAAUCCACUGCCGGCGCCCAUCGUCGUCAUUUGGCAUCAUCGCUGGAUCACGCCGAAGAGCCUUCCAGUUCCAUUCCCGAAAUUGAAUUUGACGGAACGACUGUCCUGUGCCGCGUUUGCGGAGAUAAAGCUUCCGGCUUCCAUUAUGGCGUCCAUUCGUGUGAAGGCUGCAAGGGUUUCUUCAGACGGAGCAUUCAACAAAAGAUCCAGUAUCGGCCGUGCACCAAGAAUCAGCAGUGCUCCAUUCUGCGCAUCAAUCGCAAUCGAUGCCAAUACUGUCGACUCAAAAAGUGCAUCGCUGUCGGAAUGAGCCGUGAUGCUGUUCGAUUUGGUCGUGUACCGAAGCGGGAAAAGGCCAAGAUUUUAGCGGCCAUGCAGUCGGUGAACGCCAGAUUGGCUGAGCGUUCACUUCCGGCCGAAUUUGCUGAUGAAGUUCAGUUGAUGCAAUCUGUCGUCCGUGCCCACAUGGAGACGUGCGAUUUCACCCGCGAAAAAGUCCAAAUUUUAAUGGCCGAUGCCCAUCGCCAGCCCAACUACACGGCCUGCCCACCCACUUUGGCUUGCCCGUUGAAUCCGACGCCAGCGCCUUCCAACGGCCAACAGCAAUUGCUGCAGGAUUUCUCCGAGCGCUUCCUUCCGGCCAUCCGCGAUGUGGUGGAAUUCGCCAAACGUUUGCCCGGCUUCACCCUAUUGGCCGAAGACGAUAAAGUCACGCUCUUGAAACCCGGAGUCUUUGAAGUACUUCUCGUUCGAUUGGCCGCCAUGUUUGACUCACAGAGCAACACCAUGCUGUGCUUGAACGGCCAACUACUAAGAAGGGACGCCCUUCACAAUUCGUCCAACGCCCGAUUUUUAAUGGAUUCCAUGUUUGAAUUUGCCGAGAGACUCAACAGCCUGGCACUUAAUGACUCUGAAUUGGGUCUCUUUUGCGCCGUUGUCGUCAUCGCUGCCGAUCGACCCGGAUUGAGGAAUGUGGAAUUGGUGGAGCGGAUGCAAUCGAAAUUGCGAUCCGUUUUGGAGAAUGUUUUGAAUCAAGCCCAUCCUGACAAGGCUGGACUCUUUUUGGAAUUGUUGCGCAAGAUUCCCGACCUGCGCACGCUCAACACCCUUCACUCUGAAAAAUUGCUGGCCUUCAAGAUGACUGAGCAACAACAGCAGCAACAACAACAACAACAACAUUAUAAUCAUCAUGCGCAGCAGCAGACUCCUCCCCCGACUGCCAGUCCUUGGCACAAUGACAGGGACAGCUACGACGAAGAAGGUGGCGCCAAGAGUCCGAUGGGAUCCGUGUCCAGCAGUGGCGCUGAAUCCAUUUGCUCCGGCGUCGAAGGCACCUCGUCGAUGAGCGAUUUGCCGCUAUUGGCCGCUGUUGCCGGAAGCGCUGUGCCGCUCAUGUCUGGCGGCUCACACCGACGCCGACUCCGCGGCCCGUCCGAGAACGGAUCAUCUUCCAUGUCGAGCGACGGCGAAGAAAUGGAUUCCACCGGCCGUUCUCUGAUGAGGAUGGUCGAGUCGCCUCCGCGGACCCACAGCGCUGGAGCCGGAAGCAAUGCUGGCAGCAGCUGCCCUUAUUCAAAGAUGCGCAAAUUGGAUUCUCCGGACGAUUCCGGAAUCGAAUCGGGUGUGGAUCGCUACGAGAAAAUGUCGACGGCUUCCCGGUCGACCAACACGUCCCUUUGCUCAUCACCGCGCUCUUCGCUGGAAGACAAAGUCAAGGAAGUGGAUGAGAUGCAGCAACAUCAUCAACACCACCACCAUCAUCAUCAUCAUGCGGCUCCAUCGGCCGGCGGCCGUGUAGGCCAGUCGAGCGUCGACGACAUGCCCGUCUUGAAGCGAGUCCUUCAGGCUCCGCCUCUUUUCGACACCAACUCCCUGAUGGACGAGGCGUACAAACCGCACAAGAAAUUCCGGGCUCUGACGCGUUGCGCCGGAAGCAAAGGCGAAGAAUCGCCGAUGCGAGUGCCGGCCGUCAGCUCGCCUCCUCGCAGCUCGCCGACCUCCUCUUCUUCAUCAUCGUCUUCGUCUACGUCGACCGUGAGCGUCUUGUCUGCGGCUCUCAGUUCCCCUCCGGGCACGUACUCUGCCCUGUGCAGUGCCUUGACGUCACCUCCGUCGACGUCGUCGUCUUCGUUGCUGGCGUCUUCGUUGUCUUCGGGCGUCGUCAGUUCGCUGACGUCGACCCACUCGACCCUGGCCCGUUCCCUGAUGGAAGGUCCCAAAAUGGUCAGCACCGAACAGCAGCGCCGCGCCGAUCUCAUCGUCGCCAACAUCAUGAAGGGCAACGUGACGGGCUCAUCGCCCACACCUUCAUCGUCCAGCCAAAACUAUUGUCCGUCACCCCUUUCCAGCAGCAGCAGCAGUAACGGACAACAACAACAAAGAACCGUUUUGACUUCCGGUCCACUUUACGCCGGCUCUUCCUCGCCAUCUAGCUGGAAUUACCACCACCAUCAGAGGUCGUCGCCAGUGUCUCCUCCACAUCACCACUCUAGCCCAAGUCCCAGCAGCAGCCGAAUUCCGCAACAACAACAACAACAGCAACAGCCGGAAUCGGUUUCUUCAGUUGGAGCCGAUUCACAACCGUUGAAUUUGUCGCUCAAGUCGCCCUCGUCGUCGCCGGCCAGGCCAACGACGCCAGUCACGCAGCACAACAACACUCACUAUUUCCCCCUUCACGCCUAAAAAUGAUUGACGACGAAGAGUUUCUCUCACCGUACCUGUGGAUUGUGUGUGUGUAUGUGUGUUUGUGUGUGUGUUGGAUGGGGAGAGGAGGAGGAGGCAUGGGGGUGAUGGGGCAACUAUUAAGCGUAGGAGGAUCCCAUUUUUUGGUUGCAUCGUCAGCCGUGUUUUUGAUUCGAUCCCUUUCAACUACUACAACAACAACAGCAAACAACCAACACCCUUUAAAAAAAAAUUCUUGUACAGAAUAAGAAACUGUAAAACUAGUUCUUCGUUAUCACCAGCAUCAGUGUCGAUUAUUCUACUCGGUCUUUAUAUAAUUAUCUAUCCCCCCCCCCACACACUCCCGACCGAAUCUUAUAUAUAUAUAUACAUAGUAUAUACACUUGAGUUUGAUGUUUCUACAUGAUAUGAUCCAUUUUUCCUCGUUCAAAUUGAAAGGAAAAACAAAAAAAAAAACUCGAAUCGCGGAAUUGGCCUCGCUGUUAAACAGUCCCAUUUCGAAAUUGGCGCGUAAUUUUUCAAAAACUUUCUUUGCGGGAACAUUAUUUUUUCAUUUGCUGUGUUUAGCCGGUGGCGUCCAAGACGCAUUUUCUUUAUGCUGUAUUUUUGUUUUAAUCCCGACAACAAGGAAAUGUUUGUUAAAUUAAAUCGCCCACUAUUUCGACGAGGUUAUUUCCUUCUUCGUAAACAAAUUAGAGAGAAGCCCUCUAUCAAGAAAUUGUCCGUGUAUCGUUUGUCGUCACACCUGCUCGACCUAAAAUUUGUUUAAAAUAUUCAGUUUUUUUUUUUUUCACUUAAAAUUAAUUUCCCGUACAACUCCCGUACGAGCAUGUGACGGUCGAUCUCGACAUGAUUUUUUUCUUUUUUCGUUUCAUAAUUUUUUAUUUGUCCCCCAAAACAAACAAAAAAAAAAAAAAAAAGAAAUUUCGUAUGUUUUUGUGAUUUUUACGACGGACAACCCAUUUCCUGUGAACGACAGAGUGAGAGAGAGUGAUGGAAGGGUUUGAAAACAUUUGGGCAGGGGCUCCUUCCAUGUUUACCGUGUGUGAGUGUGGCGGUCGUUUUGAUGAUUGUUUUAUCCCAGUGGAAGACACACCUUUUUCUUCGUAUGUUUUACACCCCCUAUCUUUAUAUAUAUUAUAUAUAUAUAUAUAUAUAUUAUUACAACAAAAAAAUCUAAUAGUGUGUCAAUUUUUGUGUUUCUGUCAACAUUUCGGGGGUCUCUUUUUCGGAUUGGUUGAGGGGAGGGCAAAAAAACAAAAACCGAGUGAUGGAUAAAACAUUUUUUCUUUUGUCAAGUUUCCCUUUUUCUAAAUUGUAACUUGUGUCCAUGAGUUGCAAUGCACUCGGAAUUUCUGUACUUUUUUUUUGUUUCGGUUUUUUGUGUUUUUCUGUGGGAAUUAUGGAAACAAAAGUGAUUUUCUCUCUCUGUCGUUUACUUUCAAAAUUCUGUUUUUCAAUUGUUGCGUGUUUCGGUUUUCUAUUUGCAAAUUCUUUUUCUGUUAAUCGAAAGAAAUUGUCAUCCUCCCUCCCCCCAUAUAUAAUUCUAUAACGGAAUGCCUGUGUAAUGUGUGUGUAUCUGCGAAAAAAAUUUCAAAACUGUACGUGCCGUGUGUCCUCUAAUGACCGGUUAAUGUAGCGCAUUUCACGUGCGCAAUCUAGACAUUACAAUUAUGCAAGAAUGUCAAA